CUCUCACCUUUUUUAGGCUUUGUGGUCCCAGCCAAUUGGAAGGUUGAGACAGGAUGAUGGGGAGUUCAGGGCCAGCCUAAGCUAUAUAGCAAGACACUUAUACAAGAUAAACAAAAAAUUUGCUUUGGAGGCAGAAGCAAAUUUGAGGCCAGCUUGUGCUAUGUAUUGAGGUUCAAUCUCAAGAAAACGUGAGUUAUUAAUAAAAAAUGGAUUAAUAAAUUCCAGCUAAUAUGCCACCUACUUUUUUGUUUUGUUUGAGACAGGGUUUCUCUGUGUAACAGUCCUAGCUGUCCUGGAACUAGCUCUUGUAGACCAGGCUGGCCUUGAACUCAACAGAGAUCCACCUGCCUCUGCCUCCUCAAGUGCCGGGAUUAAAGAAGUGCUACCACUGCCAGGCCCAAUGCCACCUACUUUUAAUUCAAGCACUCAGGAAGCAGAGGCAGGCACAUCUCUUGAGUUUGAGCUCCACACCAGCCAAGGCUGCAUAGUGAGACCCUGUUUAACUACAGAGGGAUUCAGUAGACAGAAGCCUGUGUUCGUGGGAUGUUGUGCAAAUUAUAUUAUCUUUGACUCAAUUUCUUAUGUAUAAAAUGAAUGAGUUAAUAAUAUAGUAAGCACUUGAAAACAGUGCCACGGUCAUCAUAAGUGUACAGUACAUGUCCGCUGUUAUUCUAGUAAUCUUGUUGCAGGCUCUAAGGUUAGAUAUAAGAAAGGCCCAGAAAUUCUUAAGAGGCAUUUACCUGAAGGCCGAAGUGGGGCCCUUAGGGACUCUCUCCGGCACCUAUGGAUCUGGCAUCUACACCUGGACAGCCCAACCCUGCGUGAAGUACAGCUCACUCGGUAACUGAGAGAAAAGAGCUACUGAAACAAGAUGCCUUGACUUUCCAGCUGCCCACGGUGUCCUGACCAGAGGACACGCAACCCUGAUGCCGGUAGCCUAAGAAGAGGCGUUAGACUAAGUGCGUAGCGACCUGGGGGCGUGACGUACGCAGGUCCCGCCCACCGCGACGUACUGCGGUCCCACAGCCAAUCCGGAAGCGCGUAUCGGGUUCAAAUUGAGUCGGCGGGUCAAUGUGACUAAGUCGACUUAGCCAGAAAAGUGAUCAAAUUGAAGAUGUGGAGGGUUAAGACACUGAAUCUCUGCUUGUCGCCUUCGCCCCAACCGGGAAAACCAGCUAUGAGAACUCCUCUCCGAGAGCUGAAACUGCAGCCCGGAGCCCUCACCAAUUCAGAGAAAAGGCCGCCGAUGUUCUCCUCGUUGACCCCAUACCUGCGCAAGCUGGAGCUGAAGGAAAGGAACAGCAACUUAUCUCCAGUGGAUUUUAUCAGUCCUGAGAACAACUGCCCUUCAGAACAGGUCAGUCAGCCUUCAGAGUCCACAGAAGCUUGUCAGCGUGAGUCUGACCCACCUCCCGAGAGCACCUUUCCUCUUGGUACAUCAGAGAAAGCAGCAGACACAAUGGAUGACUUUGUAGUAGAACCAAUGGAUGAAAGUCUAAUUGAGACCAUGGUUCUUCUACCCUUCCCACUAGGGCAGCAGCAAGACCUGAUGCUUGAGGCUCUCUUAGAUACCAGAGCAGAGAAAAACAGCAGCUCUCUAAAUGAGUCUUCAGGGCUGGAGGAUCUGGUGGAGAAAGAGGUGGCGCCCUGUAUGGAAGACAGCUUUACAGAAGUUGUUUCUAUUAGGCCUGAGCAACCUGCAUCUCAGGACCCUCCAUCUCACCUCCCAGAAUAUCCACCAGAACCCUGUUCUGAGCAGUUCCACUGCUUUGAAGAAAACCCGCAAGGCGUUAACCCUGAAGCUGCACCUGAGCACUUAGUACCUUCUGAAAAUGUCUUGACUUUCUCUGUGGCCUUGACUGAAGAUUUACCCGUUGAUCACGUAGACCCAGGGGAGGAAACUGUUGAGUACAGAGUUAUACAGGAAACAAGCAUUCCCACAUUCCCUGAGGGGGUUGAAUCGGGACAUCAAGCACUGGCUACAAAUGCAGAUGUCCCAUCUGUAUCUCUGACAUCGAGUCUAGUAGAAAUGGGAACCCAGGAAGCUCCAGGCCCAACUACAGAAGAUGCUAGUAGGAUUCCUGGCUUAGAUUCAGAGACUUGGAUGUCCCCACUGGCCUGGCUAGAAAAUGGUGUGAAUACAUCAGUCAUGCUACAGAAUCUCCGCCAGAGGUUAUCCUUCCCCGCUGUGCUUCAGGAUGCAGCCAUUGGCAAUACACCCCUCUCCACCUGUUCUGUGGGAACUUCUUUUACUCCUCCAGCACCAGCAGAAGCAGGCACCAAGCACAGUGCUUCAGAGACAGAGCGCCUCCUCUUGGGCUGCGGUCCUCUGGAUCUGACUGCCUUGUCCCGACACGACCUGGAAGAGAACCUGUUGAACUCCCUUGCUAUGCUGGAAGUUCUUUCCCACCAGCUUCAAGCCUGGAAGAGGCAGCUCCCUCUCCCUCACCGGGACUCUCAAGACGGUAGCACACAGACUGACAGCUCUCCGAGUGAGGUCACUAAGACACCUAAACUUCUUCAGGACAGCAAAGAGAUUAGACAGGCCCUGCUGCAAGCCAGGAACGUCAUGCAAUCAUGGCUGCUAGUCUCUAGAGAGCUGAUAUCCUUGCUGCACUUGUCCCUGACACACAUGACAGAAGACAGGAUGACAGUGAGUCAGGAGUCUCAGCGUGCAGACACCCUGAUUUCCUCCUGCUCUCAUGUCCUGAAGAAGCUGAGGGCAAAGCUCCAGAGCCUCAGAACAGAAAGGGAGGAGGCGAGGCACAGAGAGGAAAUGGCCCUGAAAGGCAAAGAUGCGGCAGAGGCAGUACUGGAGGCUUUCCGCACACAUGCCAGCCAGCGCAUCAGCCAACUGGAACAGGAUUUGACAUCAAUGCGGACGUUCAGAGGCCUUCUACAGGAGGCCCAGACCCAGCUGACAGAGCUUCACACAGAGCAGGAGGAGCUGGCUCAGCAGACAGUGAGUCUGACUUCUGCCUUGCAGCAGGACUGGACAUCAGUCCACCUGGAUUAUGGGACAUGGGCAGCUUUGCUGAGUCGGGCUCGAGGACUCACAGAGAAGCUCACAAUCAAGAGCCGGCAGGCCCUUCAGGAGCGGGAUGCUGCAGUCGAGGAAAAGAAGCAGGUUUCAAAGAAACUUGAACAAGUCUCUGCCCAUCUAGAGGAUUAUAAAGACCAAAUAGAACAGCUGAAGUUGGAAAAUAGUCACCUUACCACAGAGCUCCAGGCUCAGCUGCAGAGUCUGACUAGCACAGAGAGCCAGCUGAAAGAACUGCAGAGUCAGCAUACCCACUGUGUGCAGGACCUGGCCACGAAGGAUGAGCUGCUGUGUCAGCUUACCCAGAGCAACAAGGAGCAGACUGCUCAAUGGCAAAAGAAGGAAAUGGAACUACAACACACGCAAGCACAGCUGCAGCAUCAGCGGGCUGUGCUGGCCAAGGAGGUGCAGGAUCUGAAGGAGACCCUGGAGUUUGCAGACCAAGAGAGUCAAGUUGCUCACCUGGAGCUGGGCCAGAUCGAGUGUCAGCUGAGAGGCACACUAGAAGUGCUGCGGGAGCGCAGCCUGCAAUGCGAGACUCUCAGGGACACUGUGCAGAACCUGAAGGCUGAGCUGGCCAGCACUACAGCAAGGCAUGAGAAACAGGCCCUGGAGAAGACAUCCCAGCAUUCUCAAGAGCUGAGGUUGCUGACCCAGCAGCUACAGAGUCUCAGCCUCUUCUUACAGGCAAAGCUAAAGGAGAACAAGGCUGAAUCAGAGGUCAUUCUACCCAGCACAGGCUGUGCUCCAGCCCAGGAACACCCUCUACUCAAUGACAGUACCAUUUCAGAAAACACCCUGACAGCAGUGGCAGAUGAAGAGCCAGAACCGGUUCCCGUGCCAUUGCUUGGAAGUGAUAAGAGUGCUUUCACCCGAGUAGCAUCGGCCAUGUCCCCCCAGCCUACAGAGACCCCAGACCUGGAGAAGAGCCUGGCAGAGAUGAGUACUACGUUACUGGAGCUUCAGAGCCUGUGUUCUCUGCUGCAAGAGUCUAGAGAAGAAGCCGUUGGGGCCCUGCAGAGGAAAAUCUGUGAACUGCAGACCAGACUGCAGGACCAAGAAGAAGAGCACCAGGAAGCCCAGAAGGCAAAGGAAGCAGACAUAGAGAAGCUGAACCAGACCUUGUGCUUGUGCUACAAGAAUGAAAAGGAGCUCCAGGAGCUGAUACAGAAGCAGAGCGAGAAGAUCCUCGGGCAGAUAGACAAGAGUAGUGAGCUCAUAAGUCUCAGGAAGGAGGUGACCGAGCUCACACAUUCACUGCGGCAUGCAGAGACAGAGAAUAAAGUGCUCCAGGAAGCCCUGGAGGGCCAGCUAGACCCCAGCUGUCAGCCGAUAGCUACUAACUGGAUCCAGGAGAAAGUGUCUCUCUCACAGGAAGUGGACAAGCUGAGGGUCAUGUUCCUCGAGAUGAAAAAUGAAAAAGCAAAGCUGAUGGUCAAGUACCAGAGCCACAGGAACAUCCUUGAGGAGAACCUUCGGCGCUCUGACACUGAGUUAAAGAAACUUGAUGACACCAUUCAGCAUAUCUACGAGACUCUGCUGUCUGUCCCCGAAGUAGUGAAGAGCUGCAGGGAGCUGCAAGGAUUGCUGGAGUUUCUGAGCUAAUGAGCUGAAAGAGUGGGCUAGUGCUGUGCACCUGUACUUCCGGCUGCUCCAGAGGCUGAGGCAGGAGGAUGGUUUACUCUCAGGAGUUUGAGAAUAGCGCUGACAACCUGUCAAAGAAACCGAAAGCUGGACUCCACUUCGUUCCUUUUCCCUUCAGGGUCCCUUACCCCCAGUAAUAGGACCAACUGGG